AUGAAGUCAAGGCAGCCCACGAAGAACCGCAUCAACAUGCAUGACAUCAUUGCCACGCCGCUUGGCGCUCUUCCGGGCGCCGUUGAUGCCAUUCUGCGACGCCCAGAGAAUCUGGAUGAUGUCGAGGUGCAGAGUAUCUUCAAGGAGGCCUCCUUCAUUUUACUCCGGGCGGAGGAGGCGCUGGCAUCGCGGGAAGCCGAUGCGUUUUGUGUCCUUUUUAAGCUUUUCUCGGAGGGUCUUGCCCACAGCGCGGCCUCCUUUGGGAAAGGCAUAGCGACGUUUGGGGAAAAUGGUGCCCUUCUGCAGACAUUACGCGAUAUUUUUCGCGUGGCGGUGGAGCAACGGGCUUUUCCUGUGCAAUGUCCAGCCGUUAUUGAGCUUGUACAGGUUGUUGGGAGUCUGUGCGAUGGCAGUUGCAUUAAAGACACAUGUGGUGCAUUGUUCAUGGAGGGACUUGUGUACAUGUUGGAUGACAUGUACCGUCGCAGCAUUGAGGAGGCACAUGCGGGUUUUUUGGCUCAACGUGCAGCCGCAACGGCCCUCAUUAAUUUGGUGAAAGGGUCCAAGCAGAAUAAACAGAGAAUUACCUCGUGGGAUUUCUUGGCUGACUGCUGUGCGUUGAGCGUUGAUGUCUUCUUCCAGUUGCAGUGCAUCGAGCUCUUGUUUCGUCUUUCGCGCCACAACAAGUCACUUCUGCCACACAUUUGCAGUCGUCUCCGUCCGCAGGUACUGGAGGAUAUCCGCCAGUUGCCAAACGACUCCACUCUUCUUACGAAAAUGGUGGAAUUGCUGCACAACAUCAACGCUGGGAGGGAAGACAUAUUGUUGUUUCCAUUGAGCCGUGCCGAUGUCGCUUACACGACGAUUAUGGAAAACACCUUUUCCUAUUUCACAAUGAACUACUUUGUUGUGCUGGUGACGUCAAGCAAUGCCGACAAUGUCACUAUUCCCUACAAUUCGAUCCGGUCAGUGACGCUUGGAAAGGAUGGACGGGUUGUGUUUCGUCUUGAUGAGUUUCCGACGAAGCUCGAGGCACUCUUGAACCGCGCGGCGGGCGAGGACACGAUUGUGCUUUUUAUGACAGUGGACCAGCUUGCCCUCUUCAAGGAGUCCCGCAUACGUUCUUGGAUUGUCUCUGCACUGGAGGCCAAAAAGGAACGCAAACGAAACGGCGCCCGUUCCGGUGCCGAGGCUGAGGCCGUGACUACCUCCGCGUCCCACAACGCACCCAUUGGCGGGGGGACCAAGAGACAGCGAUCGGAUUCUCUCCAGCUGACGGGUGGCGACUCCCAAGUAUUGGCAGUAUUUCAGAAGAUUAUGAAGGCAUCCGAUGAAAAUGCGAGUAUGGUGCUUGAAAAGAUGAAGCAGCUAAUCAACAGUAAACAUGAGUGUAGACAAGAGGAGGUUGCGGCCAUCCUCAAGGCAUCGAUGGACGACAUUCAGCGGAUGGUUGAUGAGGGGCAUGUGGCCAACGACGGUGUCCGUGACACGCUCAGAGGGGGCGUGGAAGAGAGCAUUCAGAGCAUAGAGCAACGCCUUUUGGAUUCCCAAACGAAGGCCGCAGGUGUUGUGGAGCAGCUGAAUGUUGCACUUCAAGAACUGAAGAGCAGCAAUACAGCCAUUCAUGAGCAGAUUGCGUGCAUAGAGAUUAUUUUGCAACAGUCACUGGAGGUGAGCCGCGAGGAGGAGGCGAGUAUGUGCAAUUCGCUGAAGGCUGAUGGUGAGGAAAGCAUUGAGCGAAUCGAGGCACUCCUAGACCGCCAGCUUAUCGGGCAAUCAAACCCAAUGAGCGUGAUUUCGGAGUUUCUUAGAACUAGUACUGAGGGAAGUGUUCUUUAG